GGACUAGAAAAGAACAGCCUAUCAGCCUUACUCGGCGGAAAGCCACUAAGCAAUGCCGCAGCUACCCAGAGUAAAGACAACAAUUGGAGAAUAACAGCAUCACAGCUUCAGGCUGUGCUCAACUUUGCACAAGACUUACAACGGUUUAAGAAUAGAGAUAAUCCUAUAGUAUAG